CGCGUUGAGAAACCUCUGCCUUCUCUCUAGGAAUAUUUCGCACCAACGGUCGAAAUUUUCCCAGGUUGCUCGAACACUUUACUCGAUCAAUAUUCAAUAAAAUAGGUUUCCCAAGCUCGGAAUUCACUUUUCAUUCUUAUUCAUCGUUUGGAUUGGAAAGAUUCUGAAUUUUUAAGCCCCAGAACCUGUUUUUUGAAGUUCCCAAUUCGCAGAUAUCACUGUUCACUGCAGAUUCGUUUUUUAUUUUUAAUCAAUUUGUGGACGAUUGUUUGUGGCUAAGGAAGGUUGUUUGGGGGUCGCCAUCCCUUGGCGCACCUUUCCAACUAUUUUCCGGCCGUCGGGAGGUCCGCCGUACCGGAGUUCCUAACUAGCCGUUACAGCGGUCAACUGUACACGGUGGAGCUUUGACUGCAGAUUUCUCCAAACUCCGUCGUUCAAAUCAAAUUCUGAGCAUUGUCUGGGGUUCACCUGCUCAAGACGAUCAUUUUCAUACUAGUUUCAGUUCCUACAACGAAGAAUUGAAGAGCCAAAGCACUAUUCAUGCAAGUGUUCAUUCUAUGUGCAGGUAUGUAUUAGUUUGCUUAUUUUUUCUUCAGUUUUGUAGGGACUGGGACAGAACGAAGCACAUAUUGGGGAUCGCCAGCAUCUGGGGAUCAACAUAUAUUAUUUUCAGAAUUUUCUAUGCACUUUGGUUCGUGGAUGCUACUGUUCAUCGUCUUCUUCGUUGAGCUCCAGCCAUGACUAAGAAGAACAAGCAACACCGGACCCCACCGGUCAAGGAAAAACAGUUUGAUGACAAAGUCAAGUACCUCUUGGCCAAGAAAGCUGCGUUGGAAGAGGAGAAAUUGAAAAAGAAGGCUCCCAUGAAGGAGGUUACCCCUUCCUCGGAUCCCAUCUUCUCAAAUUAUGCUGGUGCAUUUGCCGCGGCAACACAUUCACCUAGGUCAAUCAAUGUCGCGGCAUCUGUGGCUAAAGGGGGGCAAGGCAUGAACGCCGCGGCAUCAGCCAGCACUGCAGCAUCACAGGGUACCUUUGCAGUUAAGCUUCUGGGGUUGGACUCCAACUCGUCUAAUGCCGCGGCAUCUGCAGAAAUCUCACUUGCUCUCAAACCAGUGGUGGAUAGGGAUGCCCCUAUUAUUGAAACCUCCGAUGAGAACAGUCUUCAUGGUAAUGAUGAACCCGAAGGGUCUAUAUCCCUUGGAUCCCAAGACACUAAUUCAUUGAAGGAGGAUGAUAUAUUUGAAGAAGAGCCUAGACACUUUGCAUCCCUUUUUAGAGAUAAUCGAGCUCCUUCCAAUGGACUCAAGCUCGAAUACUUUCCUCCUACCGGGGAAAAACUUGAGUUCUCUCAUCUUAGGGUACCAACCCUUAUUGAGAUAUGGGGUUAUUGUUUGGUUGGACACUUCUCCGGUAGGUUUCCGGGCUUAAAAGCUAUAUUUGCCAUGAGGAAGAAAUGGGGUGUCCAAGUUGAUAUCAAAACUCAUAGCAAAGGAUGGGUUAUUUUCAAAUUCAAGAGUGAGGAGGACCGGGUUAAGGUACUCACCGAGGGCCCUUAUGUCCUCUAUGGGAAAACCAUGUUCCUCAAAACACUAUCCGAUGAUUUCUCUCCUUUGAGAGUGAAGAGUUUUUGAGAGUGCCUAUUUGGGUGAAAUUCCCAAAUUUACAUUUGAGGCUAUGGUGUGCUACGGAGAUUGGGAAAAUUGCUUCCCAAAUUGGGAUACCUAUCACUACCAAUAAGGUCACCCAAGAAAAGACUUUUACAAAAUAUGCUCGUGUUCUCAUUGAAGUGGAUGUCUCUAAGCCCCCGGUCCUUAAUUUUCCUAUUAUUCCUCCCUCGGGCAAGGAAUAUGUUCAAAGAGUUUUAUAUAAGAUGUACCCGGAGUAUUGUUAUCAUUGCAAGGCAUAUGGCCAUCACCCCUUUGAUGGUAAGUUUCUCAACCCGCAUUUGGUAAGCAACAAGGCUGCCACGCCUAAGGGCAAUGGGGCGAAUGCCACGCCUAAGGGAAAUGGGGUGAAUGUCGUGGUGCAAGACAAAGGGAAGGAUGCCACGCUGGACAAAGGGAAGGACAUAGCCGUUGAGGUUGAACCGCCUUUUAAAGAAGUUAUCCGAAACAAGAGAAAGGCCAAGGUGAAACCGCAAGAGGUAAAAGAUGUUGCUUCAACGUCUUUUGCUAAGGGCCCCCAACCUAAGCCAUUGGUGACUAAUAAUGGGAUUUGUAUUCCAAAGAAUCUACUCACUCCAUCUUUGGGGGUAAAGCCGAGCCCUACUGUUAAAUUUUCAAAGGAACAUCAUGACCUUAUGGUGAUUACUAAGGAUAAGGAUGGCAAGGAGGCUUUGGAGAGGAUGCCGCGGGGCUUUGUUAUUAGAAGCGUGUAUGAGAUGGGCUCCAAGGACAUUGUCACUGGCGUCUUCUUGGAUGAAAAGAAAAGAACGCUUGCUACUAUCAUAGAUCCAGAUGAGCUCUCGGAUGGGGAUACGUUGAUAAAAGUUGGUCCUGAUCUCAAACCGGUUACAAGCGAGGACUCUCCAGGGAUCUACUUCACGCAUAGUGGCAUCAUUAAGCUACCAGGGGUCAAACGUAACUCCACAUGGUAUGAUUUCGACCCUAAUAUUUUUAUUGCUAACGUAUUAUCCUUCUUUGAUCCUUGUAGCAAGAACAACGUCAACUACUAUAAGUAGCUUUUAAGGAGGGAGCGUAGGAGUGCAAGGAAGAAGGCUACUGAAGGUGGAGGACCCACCACGGAUCUUUACCUCUCUUGAUGCCGCGGAUCAUGAUGUGGAAUGUUAGAGGUUUAAAUAAGACCUCUAAACAUAAUUUAAUCGCUUCUUAUAUUAAAUUGAAUAAUAUUUGCUUAGUUGGAUUUUGGAAACUAAAAUGACCUUGGCCGCUUUUAAUAACUAUGUUUUAAAUAAAUGGCCGGGUUGGACUUUUGAAAAUAAUUUCGAAUUAAUUGGCGGGGGACGCAUGGCUAUCAUGUGGAACCCUAAUCUAAUAAAUUGUGUAUUUUUAGAAAAAGAUAGAUAAUUUUUUCAUGCUAAGUGCGUUUUUCGUAUUACGCAAACCCCUUUUUUGCUACAUUUGUUUAUCCGUUAUAUACGGUGCUUGAGAGGAAGGCCCUUUGGGAUCAUUUGACCUUGGUUGGAGACCAAUUGGUUGAAUCGUGGAUAGUAUGUGGUGGUUUUAAUUGCAUUGCUGCGCCUAAUGAAAGGGUGGGUCCUACCCCCCCCCCCCCCCCCCCCCCCCGACGGUGCAUGUAAUGCAACAUUUAUUUGACUUUAAAAUUGCAAACAGCCUUGAAGAUGCACCCUCCACUGGGGAGUUCUUUACAUGGAAUAAAAGUGCACUUGGGCUAAACUCGAUUGAGUAUUAAUUAAUGAUGGAUGGGGGCUUAAUGGCAUCGGAUGUAGGGUCCAUUUCCACGAAAUGGAGGUAGAGUUUGACACACGGCCUCCGUUGUGUCAAUACUCCUAAACUCCUCUUCUAGACCCAAGCCGUUUAAAUUUUUUAAUAUGUGGUUAAAACAUCGGGAUUUUUCAAAUAUCUUAGCCACACAUUGGAGCCAGAAUUAUGUUGGAAUGGCUCAAUUUUCGUUGGUAAAAAGGCUAAAGGGACUCAAAAGGCCCCUUAAGUCAUUGAAUGCCAUGGAGUUUGGCCACAUAUAUCUAAUAAAGCAAAGAUGGCAAAGGAGGAAUUUAAGCGAUUGCAUAAGUUGACGCUUCAAGAUCCCGGGGAUCUAGAACUUAAGGCCCAACUGUCCGAAGCUUCAAAGAGGGCUGUUUUUCUUGGAGAAGCCGAAGCAACCUUUUUCCAACAAAGGGCUAAGGCAACGCAUAUUCUCGAAGCGGACAAGUGCACUAAAUAUUUCCACGCAAUCGUUAAAAGGAAUUUGGCAAGGAAUACUAUAUCUUUACUUACCUUGGAGGAUGGUACGCUUACUACCUCUCUGGAUCAAGUUGGAAAUGAAUUUGCUAACUUCUUUGUUGAAUUAUUUGAAACACAUAGUGAAUGUCAUGCCCUGGACCCCUCGGUUCUACCCUCGGGUCCACUAAUUGAGCCAAGUGCUCAUGCGAGCCUUAUUGCCCCGGUUACCACGUUGGACAUAAAAAAUUCCCUAUUUGAUUUUGGCAAUGAUAAGGCUCCGGGAUCGGAUGGCUACUCAUCGGCCUUCUUUAAGGCCAAUUGGGAUGUGAUUGGGAAUGACAUAGUCCUGGCUAUUAAGGAGUUCUUUCGUUCGAGAAAGUUGCUAAAACAGAUCAAUCAUACUGUGAUAGCCCUUAUCCCUAAAACGAAUCACUCCCCAAAGGUCUCCGACUAUAGACCCAUAUCGUGUACAAAUGUGUUAUAUAAGAUCAUCACUAAGGUACUUGCGGCUAGAUUGAUCCCAUGUCUUUCGGGAUUAAUUGACCAUGCCCAAGGUGCCUUUGUGGAUGGCCGCCUCAUGAUUUAUAACAUUUUCCUAGCCCAGGAACUUGUUAGAGGAUAUACGAGGAAGCAAAUCUCACCGAGAUGUAUGAUUAAGGUGGAUUUUCGAAAGGCCUAUGAUACUAUCUCAUGGGAUUUUCUUGAAUCGGUUCUCAAGGGUUUGGGCUUCCCUUUGAGAUUCAUUGAUUGGAUUAUGGAGUGUGUGACAUCGACCUCAUUUUCAGUUUCUUUAAAUGGGUCGUUAUAUGGGUUUUUUGAAGGAAAAAGGGGCACAGGACAAGGAGAUCCAAUGUCUCCUCUCUUGUUUGUACUUUGUCUUGAAUACUUUUCCCGACUUCUUAAUUUGAAAACCAAGGAACCGAAUUUUAAUUUUCACCCGAAAUGUGCUUCUCUUAAUAUAUCACACUUGGCCUAUGCGGAUGAUCUAAUAUUAUUCUCUAGGGGCGAUAAGGCUUCCAUUGAAAUACUUGUCAAAACCCUACAAGAUUUUGGGGAUGCAACGGGCCUAAGGGUGAAUUAACAAAUCGAACAUUUUUGUUGGGGGUGUUAAUGAGAUUGAUUUACAAAGCAUUUUGGACAUUGUUGAUUUCGGGCAGGGUGAAUUUCCGGUCAAGUACCUUGGAAUUCCCCUUGCCCCACUCAAGGUCUCAGUGGCGCAAUAUGCCCGCUACUUGACACGAUUUUAGACUUUUUAAACGCUUGGAAUACGAAAUCCAUUACAUAUGCCGGGAAGGUUGAGUUAAUAAGAUCGGUGAUCCAAGGGGUCCAAUCUUUUUGGCUACAAGUCUUUCCCGUGCCGCGGACUAUUCUGGACCGCAUCGUUUCCAUUUGUAGAGUUUUUCUUUGGGGAGGGAAAUAUGCCAAAGUGGCAUGGGAUUAUAUAUGCCUUCCCAAAGAGGAAGGGGGACUUGGCAUACGAAAUGCUAGGGUGUGGAAUCAAGCCCUUCUGUCCCAAACGCUUUGGGAUGUUCAUCUUAAAAAGGACACCCUUUGGGUGAAAUGGGUCAACGACGUUUACCUCAAUGGUAAAAGUGUGUGGGACUUCAUCCCACACAGCUGAGAUUCGAAUUUCAUGAAGAGUUUGGCAGAAAUAAGGGACAAAACUAAAGGGAAUUUUAAUAACCAAAAUGAUACCAUAAUGGGUUUAGCCUCUAGAUCCAUCAAUGACAAGUUGAUUUCAAGAAAAAUUUAUGAGUUAUUGAGAACAAAAGGGACGGUUAGGGUAUGGAUGAGCUUUAUUUGGAAAUCAUAUAUCCCUCCCAAGUUCUCUUUUAAUGUAUGGCUUGCUUUCCGUAAUAUGUUACCUACUCAGGAUAACCUUGAAUACUUGCAUAUUGUAAGCAGAUGUGAUCUUUGCAAGGGUGGCUUGGAGACAAUGCCACACAUUUUCUUUGCUUGCCCUUUCACUUGUAGGAUAUGAGAGCAAAUCAAGAAUUGGUUAGGAAUGACGCAUCAGAUGACUACAAUGUCUAGCUCCGUCAAAUGGAUCUUGAAGGAGCAUAAGGGGUCAAAGUUGAAGGGAAAAGCAGUUCGAGCAGCCUUUUGCGCUACAAAUUUACAUUUCAUCCAAAAAAAACGGACCCGAAGCGGGAGCACAUGCCCCCCUCUAGCCCCCCUUAGGUCCUCCACUGCAUAAAUUGUCAAUAAAAACGUAAUAUAUAUAGAGAUAAAUGAGAAAGACGAGCGUAAAAAAGAGAGAAAAAUGAGUGUUUUAUUUCCAAAAACGCAACACUUAAUAAGUUAAUAUAUUUCAUAUAUGUCAUACAUAUAUGAUAUUUGUGUCAGCAUUAAACAAAAAUUUGUGAAGGUGUUAUAAAAUUUUGGAAUACAAAAU